ACACACACACACACGGACACAGCUCAGCUCCUCUCUCUCUCUGUGCUCUGCACUCUGCACUGUCUCCUUCCCAAUGGCUCCAUUCCCUCUCUGUUCUCACUUUCUUUUUCCCCUGUUAGCCCAACCAUCCUCCUCCUCUCUCUAAAUCCCACACUCUUCCUCUCUCUCUCUCUUUUUGCUAUGCUAUGCACUGUCUCCUUUCCCAAUAGCUCCAUUCUCUUUCUGAUCUCUCUUUUCCCCUGUUAGCUCAACCCAACCAUCCUCUCUUUCUCUCUCUAAAAAUGCCAUCUUCCUCUCUCUAAAACCCACACUCUUCCUUUCUCUGUCUCUCUAAAAGGCCCAUCUUUCUUUUAACACAUUCUCUCUCCCUCUUCUGUGUGGAAGGAGCAUCUAGAUUACCAACAUUAAACCAUUGAAACCCAGUUCAAUUCCAGAAAUUAAAAAUAAAAACAAAAACAAAAACCCAUUUGAUUUUUCUGUAUCACCCACUCCACUUGACACUCUCUCAAACUCUCUAAAAAAACCAUCUUUCUCUCUCUAAAACUCUCUCUCUCUCUCUGAUACACUUCCCAGAUGCCGAAUCAAAGACCCAUCACACUCCCCUUCUUCACCACCCUAUUAUUGUUCAUCUCUCUUCUAUCCAAUGUACUCUCAAAAUCAACAAUCGAACCCUGUUCCAACUCCGACACCUGCAACGCCCUCCUCGGCUACACCCUCUACACCGACCUCAAAGUCUCCGAAGUCUCCUCUCUCUUCCAAAUCGACCCCAUUUCACUCCUCACCGCCAACUCCAUCGAUAUCUCAUACCCAGACGUCGAAAACCACAUCCUCCCCUCCGACCUCUUCCUCAAAAUCCCCAUUUUCUGUUCCUGCGUCGACGGUAUCCGAAAAUCGGUCUUCACCCAUUACAAGACUCGCCCUUCCGACACUCUCUCUACAAUCGCCGACUCAAUUUACGGCGGCCUCGUGUCGGCGGACCAGAUUAAGGAAGCCAAUUCGAUUUCGGACCCUUCCGCGCUCGAUGUUGGUCAAUCUCUUCUUGUUCCUUUGCCUUGUACUUGUUUCAAUGGGACUGAUAAUUCUUUGCCUGCAAUUUACAUGUCUUAUGUUGUGCAACCUGUGGAUACUUUGGCUGGGAUUGCGGGGUUGUAUUCGACUACGGUUACUGAUCUUAUGACUGUCAAUGCUUUGGGGAGUAGUGCUAUUAAGCCUGGUGAUAUUCUUGCUAUACCAUUGUCUGCUUGUGCAUCCAAUUUUCCAAGAUAUUCCUGGGAUUUUGGUCUGAUUGUGCCAAAUGAAAGUUAUGCUAUUACUGCGAGUCACUGUGUGCAAUGCAGUUGUGCAACAGGAAGUCGCAAUUUAUACUGCAUGCCAGCUUCAUUGGCAGUAUCUUGUUCAAGCAUGCAAUGCAGAAACAGUAAUCUCAUGAUUGGGAAUGUUACAUGGCAACAAAGUGCUGCUGGCUGCAAUGUUACUUCUUGUAGUUAUGGUGGCUACGUCAAUGGAACCAUUAUCACUACGUUGUCAACAUCUCUUCAACCUCGAUGCCCUGGUCCACAGCAAUUUCCUCCACUUAUAGCCCCACCUUCUUCAGUGAGCAAGGGUUUGAUCUUUUCUCCAGCACCUGCACCUUCCGAGUCAGGUGGUACACCAACAACCACUCCAAAGUCUUCCACUGUGCCUUCAUCUGGCUCAGUUGUGGGACUUCCUCCCACAAAUGCUCCCAAUGGAGGUCUCUCUAGUGCUGCUAGCUCCUCGGUGCAUCCAUUAUCCAUUUUUCCCGUUGCAAUUGUUUUAGGUUUGUUUUUUGAUUUUCAUUGUAGUUUUGCUCCUUUACUGCAUGCUUAGCUUGUGGGUUUUUGUUUAUUUAUGUUAUUGGACUGAUUUAUGGAUGCAGCCUGCUGGUUUUUUUUUUUUUUUUAAAUAAUCUUUUCUUUUUUCUUUUUCUUUUUCUUCAAUUGGUCUAGCAUUUUGUUUCAUUCUGUUGCCUUACCUUGUAUGGUGAACCAAGGCAGUUUGCCCUUUCUGUAAUUUAUUGUGAUUAUUAUUUGAGCUUUUGAAACAUUUGGCUAAAGUGACUGACUGCAUUGAUUUUCAACA